UGGCAUGCCGAAACACGGAGUGGUCGAGGCGAACCAGGGCGGAGAUGUAGACAUUGCAGCUUGCGCGCGCUGUAUACUCAUACAUGAGUGCUCUCUCUUGUUAUGGAGCAUGAUGUUACCUUUCAGAACAAUGUUCAAUGCAGAAAGCUGAACCAUGAACGCCCAUAGACUGCCCACGCCCAAGUACGUCGUCACAGCAAUGCACCUGACAAACCGUUCCACAUGAGCGAAUGCCCUGAAUCGCUCAAAUUAUGGGCCGAUCCCUACAUCAAGUUGCUCCGGACAGUGGCACCCUACUACCACCUCUUCCCAGAGCCUCAGCUUCAGGCUCGUUUGCGUGCCCUCCUGCAGGCGAUUGACGUCGAUCCGCCUCGGAAGCAGACAGCGCAACAUCUGCCACCUCAUGGUAUUUCACCGCAUCCAACGGACAGAGUAGCACAUUCAGCCUCACCUGUGAAUCGUCUAUCGGCCCCGGUCGUUCCGGGACCGUUGAUCGCAGCACAUCCAACGGGGACUUCGAACUCGAGUGCAGUGGAGCUAGGGACGCCUCAACUCUCACUCUCGCGGGACAGACAUGCCAUUCCGCCCGUUUCCAUUCAUGUCCUGCCUUCUUCGCUGAGGCAGGAACCCCAGCAGACUCCGCCCGCGUUCUCGCCGGGGCUCUCCACCCCUACCCUGUCCGCACCGACGGCCAACGGCAGCGUGCGUUCUCCAAGCAUAGGCGUGCCAGCAGUCGAGCCUACCCCCUCGACACCAAUAGCUGGGCCCUCAACAGUCCCGGCCACCGAGUCGAUCUCCGCGCCCCCAAAGCGGAAAGCGAAGAAGAAAAAGAAACGGCUGACUGAGGACGACUUCAUCUUGGCCGACCUGGCGGACUGGGAGUCUGCCAAGGCGAACAAGACCGGGCAGCCCGCCUCGCCGUCGAUCGCGAGCGCCGUGUCCGCGGGCAAGGCGGAAUCUACGCCGAGCGUACACGCCGAUCCUCAGACACCGAGGGAAGGGUCUGUACCGGGCCCCUCUGGCUCGAGGACUAGCGGUACGGCAACCGCGAGCGCAUUCGAGCAUCUAGAAGCCCCUACAUCAAAUGGAGCGACCGUCGCUCCAGCAUCUUCGACUGCUGCUCCUGAAGCAGCCGCAUCAAAGCAAUCGACGCCUGUUCCCGCGGCCCCGGCAGAGACAACCUCUGUUACUGCUACAUCUGCAGCGGAACCAGCGCCGUCAAUCCCAGCGGUACCAGCUGCCUUUCCCCCGGGCAAACCAGCGGAACUCGACCUUCGCGCACAGGCCACUUCCCCAGGCUCGCCGAAGUCAUCCAAGAAAAAGAGGCCGUCGCAAGAGUUGCAUGUCGUCUCGGGGAACAUGCCUCCUACGAACAUGCCCGUAAAGAGGAAGAAGCACUCACCCGGGCUGAUGGUCUUCCGCGUGGAUCCGCAGCCGACCGGGGCGCAGCCGGGUUUGCUACCAACAAAUGGCAGCGCGCCCGAGGCUGCUAUUGGGAAGGAACAGGCAAGACAAAGGGACGGAGAUGUGCCACACCCCGGGGUAGCGGGGAUGGAUGUCGUUAUGGAGGACAGGGAUGAAGCACCGCUCAGAGAGUCAAAGCCAGCCUUCACCAACUUGGCGGAUCCUCAGGUGGUGGAGGAGACUUCCGGUACACUGCAAGGGCAGGAAUCGCGACAAGAGAAUGCUGGCCAGGUGCAAUCGACUUCUUCCUCGUCUGCGACGGCUUCCCUGCCUGAACAUGCAUCGGAAGACGUGGUUAUGGAUGACCUGGUGCACAGUCCCGAAGUGGACCAAGCGGGAUGGAAUGCCGAGCCCAUGGAGCUCGAUAGCAGCCCAGCUGUUGAAGUUCCUGCAGGAACGACAGAAGAGGUUGCCAUGGACAUAGUGAGAGAGCCCGCACCGAGUCAAAGCAACGAUAGCCAGCCAUGGGCAACUUCUACCGGUGGGUCCUCGCCUCCACCAACCGACAAACCUCGUGUCGGUGUAGUCAGCUCUGAGGGGCCGGCGCGUGCCGCGGGCCACCCGCAGCUGGAAGGCGCGGUGGCCUAUAAAGCGGAGGGCACAAGCAUGGACGUGGACACUCAGCCAGCUGCAACCACACUACAGUUCACUAUGUCGUCCAACUCAACCGAACCCUCGCCAUCGACGGACCGUCCGUACGAAGGUGUCAUCCGGGAGCUAGCUGAUAAGAAGGGGAUGUCCGGUAACAUCGCCUUGAGGAUCGUCGACGCUGUGGCCGAAGAACCACAGUUGGAAGCUAACAACUUCCACCUGGCACCAGCGGAGUGGUCGACGGAAACUCGCUCUUCAAGCCCGAGCGACUCCAAUGACGAGUUGAGCGCGCCCUCGCUCGAGGAGCCCGUCGUGCCUCGUAAACGGUCGCGUUCCCAGUUACAACAACCGGAAGGCGUCGAUCAGGACGUGAGUCGAAAACGAAGGACCGAGUCGCCUUCACCGACGCCGGCACCCACCACGGCCACGGUCGACCACCCAGUCCCAGCAGCGCCGUCCACUGAGCAACUACUCGAAGAACCGGCUCCCACUGCUGACCAACCUAUUCCGCAACAAGUUCCUACCGUUCAACAACCUCUUCCAGGACCGACCGAGGAUCAUCCUGUCGUAGAACAAGGCGUUGCUGCAGCUGUCUUGGCGGACGCUGACACAAAGCAAGACGCGCCUUUUGCGGACAAAGCUGGCGAGCAGACAACAGAGCUCCAAUUCCGUGUGCCUGACGACGCCGAGGUCCAAGCGCCACAACAACAGGACAUCGAUAAAGAGGAGGGCGAGGCAGACGAGUCUGAGGAACCGCCCGUCACUUUGGCCAAUAUACCUCCGGAGGAAGGGGAGAUACGGAUGCCUACCCCGACACCGCCGCCGGCCACAGCGCAGCCUAUCCCGAUACCCCCGGUCGAUCUAAACAGCCCACUUGCGUAUUCUGAGCUACGCGUCCUCGACUGUCGGCGCGGAUCAGAUGAGAAUGAAGUGGUUUCGAGUUCGACGUCGACGCUGAGCUGAUGGCGACUGUGUCGCGAUGGGUUGGACGUUACAAGUCUACCGACGACGUGUCGAGGGAUAGAUGUGUUUCACUUUCCUGCUAUCCCUUCAACGAC